GUGGUCAUACGGUUCCCAGCCACUCCACAGCGUCAGCUCCCGCCCGACUGUCCGCGUGAAGCUCGGCGAAUCUAAAGUGGACCGAGCGGAACCGGUUCAGUAAAGUGAGAGUGCCAUGAGGAGAGGAGCCAGAGAGUGAGGCGAUGGGCUGCACCUCGGCUAAGCAGGUGUCGGCCGUGCCCAGCGAUGAGGAAGGCCGGGGCAAGGCCUACAGCAACGGAGACCUCUUCUCCGACGAGUACAAGAUGAAGGGAGUGGAGGAGGUGAAGUACAUGCGUGGCGAGGAGGACCGGGUGAACGCACGUAACCAGGAGAACCUGGAGAAAAGCUCUGUACAGUACAGGGGCAAACAGCAGAAAGAAGGCUCUGGAGCCAACGCCAACAGGACAAACAUCCACACGUCAGAGAGCCAGCAGGAGUUCUUCAGGAUGCUGGAUGAGAAGAUUGAGAAGGGACAGGACUACUGUUCGGAGGAGGAAGAGGCGGAGGACGGGACAUAGCACACAGGCCCCCGACUCAACCCCCUACAGAGAGCCUCCCAGAGUGUGUAUGGGUGCAUGUAAGAGAAUCCGUGUGUGUUUGUGUGUGUAUGUUUGACUGCCUUGUGAUUCUGUAUGUGUUGGUGUGAGCUUGUGUUUUUUUUGUGUGUGUGUGUGUGUGUGUGAGAGAGAGAGAGAGAGAGAAUGCUAUCCUCAAAGACUGUUGCCUCCCUCUUGGCCCUCGUCACAUUGGGUCCCUUAGUGGAUUGCUGGAGGGAGAGACGAAAUGUGGACUCACUACAGCCAGGCCAGUGUUCCUGCUCCCCUGCUCCCCUGCAGGACUAUGGAGAGAUACUACCCCACCCCUCUACCGCAACUACCACCCCAGUGAACUGUACUGUGGUCCCUGGUCCAACUCUGUGUAUACCACCCCCUCAUGACUCGUCGUCGGCAUCAUAGUCUCGGGAGACAAUAGAUUUCUUGUGCCUGGGUGUUAGGUCAUAGCGCAGUGUCUGCUGUGGCUGUGAAGUCCAAUCUGUCUGGGAGACACCCUCCUGGUUUCCACCCUCCAUGGCUCUUGCUGUUGUGCUUCUCCUGCGAGGAGCAGAGAUAUGGAUGGAGAUAGAGGGGGGGGGGGGCACUUCCAUAACCCCCACCAGCCCUCGUCACAGAACUGAGGCUCGCUGCUGGAGUGAGCCGGAGG